GCUUUUGGCUCAGCACGGUGUGACAAUAACGUAGCGAGGUUCAAGAAUGUCCUAAGCCGUGUCAUCGAGUCUGGCUUGCCCAUCAACCUAGUGCAUGUCAAGUUUCCACAUCAAGAAGCUGGUUUGCCAGAAGGACAAGAGAAUCUAGAUUUGCUUGAAUCGUUGAGGUCAAUGUUACAUUUCCUUCAAGUACUUAACAAGCUUGAAGAACCUGUCCAGAAGCUAAUGGAAGAGAUGAGACCUCAACCAAGUUGUUUCAUUUCUGAUAUGUGUUUGUCUUAUCCAAGCAAAAUUGCUAAGAAGUUGAAUGUCCCAAAUAUCAUUUUCCAUGGCAUGUCAAGCUUCUGUCUACUAUGUACGCAUAUUCUACGCAAAAACCCUGAGAUCCUCGAGGCUGUAAAGUCGGACAAAGAGUAUUUCCUCAUCCCUUAUUUUCCUGACACAGUGGAAAUUACGAAACCUCAAUUUCCUGUCCAAAUUUAUGCUGAUGGAGAUUUGGAAGAUGUGUUGGACGAUUUGGUAGAGGCUGAUAACACAUCAUAUGGUGUGAUUGUCAACACAUUUCAAGAGCUUGAGCAUGCUUAUGUCAAAGACUACAAGGAGGCUAGGGCUGGUAAAGUAUGGUCAAUUGAACCUGUUUCCUUGUGCAACAAGGUAGGAGCAGAUAAAGCUGAGAGGGGAAAUAAGGCAGCCAUUGAUCAAGAAGAAUGCUUUAGAUGGCUUGAUUCUAAAGAAGGUUCGGUGCUUUAUGUUUGCCUUGGAAGUAUAUGCAAUCUUACUCUCUCUCAGCUCAAGGAGCUCGGUCUAGGCCUUGAGGAAUCUCAAAUACCUUUCAUUUGGGUCAUAAGAAGUUGGGAGAAGUAUAAUGAGCUAGCUGAGUGGAUUUCACAAAGUGGUUUCGAAGAACAGAUCAAUGAGAGAGGGCUUCUCAUCAAUGGGUGGUCCCCACAAAUGCUUAUCCUUUCACAUCUUUCUAUUGGAGGGUUCUUAACACAUUGCGGAUGGAACUCGUGUACCGCUACUGACAUGGCCGCUAUUUGCGGACCAGUUUGGGAACGAGAAAUUGGUCGUGCAGGUACUGAAAGUCAGUGUGAGAGUCGGGGUUAA